ACAAAGUAGGUAGAGGUUGUGUGAAGCUCUGAGGACAGUCCUGGGAGGGAAAACCUGACGAAGCAUCUAAACUCCGGACAAACAAAGAACCUCAGCUAUCCCCAUUGACCGGCUCACAAUGAAGCCGGUGUUUGUUCUCCUUGUUUCCACUGCCUGGACUUUAACUGGAGCCCAGUAUUACUACCAGGGGCUGAUGGAUUAUCUGGAGAACAGGUUGUUGGCUAUUGAGGACCGCAUGCAGUUGUGGCACGGGCAAUCCCAUCGCUAUCACACAGAGCUGCUGGAUUUCAAAAAGCUAACUGCUGAGGCCAUGGAUGGUCUGAAAAAUCAGCACAGCGUGAUGUUCAAAGACAUGGAAGGAGCUGCCGUCCGAGUGGACCGGGUGGAGCGAGAGAUGGACUACGUGGAGAUCCAGACUUCCCCCCGUGCCUGUGUGAAUAAGGCAGACAAGGUUGUGGAGGAGGGAGCCUGGAGGCUGGAGGAGAGCAGAGGAGAGGAAGAGGAAGAAGAAGACUGGGAGGAGCUGCACUCCAGAGUCUCUGACUGUGUGGAAAUCAUCUCUAGCAUCAGAUCAGUGAAGAUCCUGAAAAGAGUGGGCAGUCCUAAGGGCAUGUGGACCAGAGACCCCAGGUCAUCCAAGGUUUACAUCUUUAAUGGGACAACAGGCGACAGCGUCUACCAGUUCAACUCCGUACGAGAGUUUUCCCGCUCUCCUGGUGUCACCGGCAGCCGACAGAUCAGGCUUCCCUCUGACUGGAGAGGUCCUGGCAGCACUGUCUACGACGGCUAUUUGUACUACAUACAGCAGGAGGAUGAUAUGGAUGUGCAGGUGGUCAAAUAUGACCUGCUGAGUGGCUCGGUGACAGACGCCGCCAUGUUCCCCGUGGAGAGCCACGCUUCUGUUUACAACCUCAACCCAGAAACUGUUGCAGACCUAGCAGCAGAUGAGGAAGGCCUCUGGCUAUUGUACGCAACCAGCAACAGUGAACCGAACAUCCACCUUGCAAAGAUGGACCGGGCCUCGCUCGAUAUAGAACAAAUCUGGGACACCAGGUGCCCAAGGGAGAACGCAGAGGCGUCUUUCGUAGUUUGCGGGACUGUCUAUGUCGUUUAUAACACACGCCUGGCCAGCCGGUCCCGAGUCCAGUGCCUUUUUGACGUCAACGACAUGGUCAGCAGCGAGGAGGCUCCACUGAUCUACUUUCCCAGGAGGUACGGAGCCCACGCCAGUCUGAAAUACAACCCAGAGGAAAAACAGCUCUACGCCUGGGACGAUGGCUACCAAAUCAUUUACAGACUGUCCAUGAAGAGGAAACUCCUGGUGUGACAGCAGGGGGGUAGUGUCAUGUUUUCAAAGGCAAUGAGUCAGAAUAGGAGCAGUACAUUUACACAUGCUGUGCCAUAAGUCUUUCAUCAGCGCUGCACUCUUCAGUCAUGGUAGAUAUAAGACGAAUCACCCGUAACAUUGCAUAUUUUUAAGCAAAAGAAAUAACCUUUAAAAUUAUUAUUUAUUCAUUUGAUUAUUUUUUGUGUGUGUGUUAUAUACCAAAAUAAACAUGGA